GGGAGGCACUGUAUAAAUUUAGGGAGUUGGGACCGUCUUGUUCGUUUGGUGAUAAAGCUGCGUGUAACUGAGAACUCGAGGAGCUCUCGUCUCGUUUCUGUCUGUCCAGGAAGUGGGAGAAAAAUGAAGGGCGUGCUCAAAGCCCGAUAUGAAAUGGACAAAAUGACGGCCACCUCCACCGUGUCCGUCAGGUCCGGCGACAUCAAUCUUCGCGCUACUAUGACUGACGCCACCCUGCUCAACGGCCCCUCUCUGAACGGUUUAGCUUUUGCAGUCGAAAAGCCUGGCUCUUUCAUCAUCGACUACAACGUCCCCAAAAAGGACCUUAGGUUUCAAUUCAUGAAUACAGUUAGGGUUUUGGAGAAGCCUUUGAAUUUGAACUACGUCCACUUUAAAGGAGAUAACCGGACAGUCUUGAAUGGGACUUUGGUUUUGGAUCCGGCUAACAAGGUUUCAGCUAAUCACACGAUUGGGUCUGGAAACUGUAAGCUGAAGUAUACUUUUCUGCAUAAGGGACUAACCACCUUUGAGCCGAGCUACGAUUUCGCCAAGAAUGAGUGGGAUUUUUCUAUGUCGAAGAGAGUAUACGGUGAUGAUGUGCUGAAGGCUGUGUACCAGCCGUCUAGCAAGAAUGUGACCCUUGAAUGGUCCAGGAGCUCAAAGUUGAAUGGCUCUUUUAAGGUUUUUGCAUCUCUUAAUCUGGCAGAUGAUCAUAAAAUGCCAAAGCUGAGUGCUGAGACCACAUGGGACUUUGAAAUGUGAUACUUCUCUAUUUCACGCCUCUUCAUUUUUCCUCCAAUUAUACGAAUAUAUAUCCAUAGACUCGUAGUGGCUAUAUUUUGGCCGGCUUGUACUGACACUCAAAAUGUCUGAAAGAGUAUUUGUGUCCUGGUCUCCUGGAGAUUCCCCAAAUUUUAGAUUCUAAAUGUUGUUUGUUCAUGCAAAUAGGGCAUUUUUAUAUUCGCUACAAAUAACCAGGACAGCCUAGCAAGCCACGCUUUUCUUGGGCCUCUUGGCUUCAAGUUUUUUUCCUUUGCACCGAGGUUCUUUACAACUUAAGUUUUUAGAGAAGGUACUACGUAUUAUUUUGUGCC